AUGUCUGAAGUAGGCUAUGGAAGCCCACCAGAUCCUCGGUAUCCCUAUCCUAGCCCUUGGUUUACGCAGCCUUUUUCGUUGCGAGUUAAGCACAUAGAUCCGCUUGUUCUCGGUCUAGAUAAAGUAAAGCAAGUCACGGGAUAUUUGGAUAUCGAAGAUGACAAGCACUUGUUCUAUUGGUUCUUUGAAUCGAGAAACGAUCCCCAGAACGACCCAGUAGUAUUAUGGUUGAAUGGAGGGCCAGGUUGCUCUAGCUCAACGGGACUCUUCUUUGAGUUGGGGCCCUCUUUUAUCAAUUCAACCCUUCAGCCAGAAUAUAACCCCUAUUCGUGGAACUCGAAUGCGUCUGUUAUCUUCUUGGAUCAACCUGUAGACGUAGGACUCUCGUACUCGGAUGACAACGAAGUUUCAACUACGGCUGCUGCUGCAAAAGAUGUAUACAUAUUCUUGGAAUUGUUCUUCCAAAAGUUUCCACAAUUCCAAAGCAGAGACUUUCAUAUGGCUGGAGAAUCGUAUGCUGGCCAUUACAUUCCUAAGUUCGCGUCGGAGAUCCUCAGUCAUCCGGAAAGGUCGUUCAACGUGACUUCAGUUCUCAUUGGAAAUGGGUUCACUGAUGCUAUUCCACAAUAUAAAGCUCUUAUUGGAAUGGGAUGUGGACAAGGAGGUUAUGAUUCAAUCUUGUCAGAACAAGAUUGCAAGGAAUUGGAAGAGAAUUACUAUCCCAAAUGCAAGCAAUUCCUUGAACUAUGCAACAGGGAACAGGAUGCAUUGACAUGUGUACCAGCUUAUCAUUACUGUGAAACAAGAAUGUUUAUUCCUUUCUCCAAGACGAACUUGAACCCAUAUGACAUACGUGAAGAAUGUGAAAGGGGUGGAACUUGCUACGAGGAACUAGACGAUGUGGACGCUUAUCUCAACCUUGACUUUGUCAGGAGUGCCAUUGGGGUUUCUCCUGAAGUCAAGAAGUAUGAAGGUUGUUCUGAUGUUGUAUCAAAGAACUUUGCCUUGGAAGGCGAUAAAGCAUUGCCCCAUCAGCAGUAUGUUGCCGAACUUCUUGAAAAGGAGGUAGCAGUAUUGAUAUUUGCUGGAGAUAAAGACUAUAGAUGUAAUUGGUUAGGUAACUACGAGUGGACAGACCAAUUAGACUAUGAUGGUCAUGAUGAAUUUUCAAGUAAACCUUUGGUGCCAUGGCAAACUUCUGACGGCAGUAUUGGUGGAGAGUACAGGAACUACGAAAAGUUCACUUAUUUGAGAUUCUACGAUGCUGGCCAUUUGGUCCCUCACGAUCAACCCCAGAGGGCAUUGGAAAUGGUUAACAGUUGGUUACAAGGACAGUAUUCAUUGAACUAA